AUGCAUGAAUCUGGUUAUGGAAAAGCUUCUAUUUCACAGAAGCAAGUCCACAGUGAGGAAGAUAAUUCAUCUUUUGUAGAACAUUUGGAUAAGAAAACAAACAAGGCAUACAUUCAAACAGGAAACAGAAGAAAGAAUCAAUCUUCAUAUGCACAAGAGUCUGGUCGCGAUGAAUUUGAGACAACUUUAUUACCAGGAAAGAGAUUCAGUGGCAGUGAAGAGAACCUUGAAAUAUCCAACUCAUUUAAAAAAACAAGUGAUGAACAUGAAAAGUUUGUUGGUUCUACUUCUACCACCGGAAUCGAAAGUUUGAAAUCAAAGAAAACAUUUGGUGGCAAGGAAGGGAAUCUUGGGAUAUCAGAAACACGUUUGCAGGAAAGAAGUGAUAAACAUAAAAAAUUUAUUGGUUCUAAUUCUACCACAACAAAGGAUGUAAUAGAGAGAAGUUCCCAAAAUUAUAUAGGAAAUUUUAAAAUUGAAGACACUGAAAGGACCUCUGAUACUGGGAUGAAGAAUAUGGGAGAGAAAAAUAAUUCGGUUUUGAGCUCUGCUCAAAGAGUGGAGUUGCAACACCGUAAAGGAGAGAAGAUCAUUGCACAUGAUAAAGACAGAAGAAAAUCCCAACUGUUUUCUGAAGUAUCACAAGUUCAUGGGAGUCGUGUUGAAGAUACAUCUAUCCUGAUGUCUAAAACUAGUGUGAAGAACCAGGAAGAAAUAUCAUACUUAAGUUCACAUGAAAGGGAUACACGACUCCAGACUGAUAGGAGGAGAACUCAGAGUGUUCAACAUAGCAAAGGAUAUGAACAUGUCAGCACUUCAUCGGAAGGCUUUGACAGUGAUGAAAAGCAAGUUUCAAGUUCUCAAAUAACUUCUGAGAAGAUUAGACUUAUGCCAAAAAGUAAAUCGGCAUCAGCUGUUAAAACUAGAGAAAGUUCUUCCCAAACUGAAGAAAGGAUUUUUGAAUUUGCUAAUGACCACCAAAGAUCUAGGAACCCUUCUUCCCAAAUGGGUAGAGUUUCAGCUCAUGUUGAACAAACAGCUGGGUUUGAAAGCCCUGAUGUCUACCUUGAAGCUUCAGAAAGUGGCUCUUCUGCUUUGUAUGGCAAUUCGGGAAGAAGUCCUGCUAUGUUUUCAGGAUCACAUUCCCAAUAUGAAAGUGAUAAGUCAUAUAGUGAACCUUCCAUUUUCAUGACUCCAGAGGAUGUGCUUGGUUCAGGUAAUCGUUUAGAGGAAUCAUCAAAACAGUUUGUUGAUGAGUUUGUGGAGAGGGUCAGGCAUGAAGUCACAACUUCAGAAAGACAGCAAGAGAUAGAAGUUGCUGGAACAAAGUUGGCCUCUGACGUUGAGGAUAAUCAGAUGAACAGUUCAAGGCAACAAGGCACUCAAAAUGACUCUCAGUCAAAGAGUCAUGAGUCCAGCCAUUCCACUGGGUUUCUGGGCGCCAUAGGAAUUUCUGACGAAAUGUGGGAUGUAAAAGAACUAUCUGUUGGGCAUGGUCUAUCAUCUGAAGAACCAGUGAUCAACAAUGAAACUGCAAAACCAAUUGUCAAGAGAACAGGAAGGUCCAUGUGGAGUGACAGAAACUCACCAAACAAAUCUGACAGUGAGACAUGGCAUUCUGGGUAG